AUGGCCAUGAAUCAAGUUCCUGGCCAUAACAUUUACAUCGGCGGUAUCUUCUGCCUCAAGAACAAAGCGGCUCUAGCUCGAGCAGAUAUCACUCAUGUGGUUUCUGUGCUACGACUUAACCCCGCCGAGGAGACAUUUGCAUCCUAUCAACAUCUUUCCAUAGAUGUUGAUGAUGUCGAAGAUGAGAACCUCCUGGAGCACUUGCCUGCCGCUGUCAAGUUUAUUCAAGCUGGGUUAGACAGCGGUGGCAGUGUUCUGGUGCAUUGUGCUAUGGGCAAGUCCCGGUCCGCGACUGUGUGUAUUGCCUACAUGCUCCACCAACAGCCUGGCGCGCUCACACCGCAAUCUGCCCUCGAGAUCCUGAGGCAGUCCCGGCCACUUUGUGAACCCAAUGACGGUUUCAUGAAACAGUUGGAGCUCUACCACGAAAUGGGCUGUCCAGAUGAUGUCAAGGAGAACCCAGUGUAUCAGCGUUGGUUGUACCACCGUGAUGUCGAGGAAAGUGUGGCGUGUGGCCGAGCCCCAGAGUUGAGGUCGGUGCGCUUUGAAGAUGAGCUGCCUGUGCAGCCCAAGGAAAAUAAUACCGGCCGCUCAGUGGAGAUUAAGUGCCGCAAGUGCCGGCGCACCCUCGCGACAACACCAUUCAUUAUCAAUCACGAGCAAGAUAAACAGAGGGCUGCUAGAGCGAGAAUACCCGCCAAUACGGAAUGUGCGCAUGUGUUCCUCCAUCCGCUCAAGUGGAUGCGCCCCAGUUUAUUCCCAUCCUCAGUUGAAGAUGGCUCAGACCCCGAUGCGGAUUCAACCUACGACGAAUACUCCGCAGAUGCCCCUUUGUCAGGCCGCCUAACUUGUCCCAACUCGGGCUGCGGGGCUAACAUUGGUAAAUUUGCCUGGCAAGGCAUGCAAUGCAGCUGUGGUGGAUGGGUGGUGCCUGCCAUCGGACUUGCUAAAGCGCGAGUGGACAUUGCCAGCCGAACGAAUGUAGCCGCACGAGGUCCAGGGGGGCCAUCAGCCUUGGGUAUUCGUCUGCCUCCGGGGAUGCGGGCACCUGAGACUAACGAUACUGGCUCUGGACGUGGCAACCUUUGA